GAAAUUUUAUAUUUUUGGAUGCUCCUGGUGGAACUGGUAAAACCCGCCUAAUUAAUCUAUUUUUAGCUAAAGUAAGAAGCUCAUAUGGAAUYACAAUUAUUGCAGUUGCAUCUUCAGGAAUUGCUGCUACGMUUAAGGAAAAACUGUUCAUUCUGCUUUCAAUUAUAAAAAAAUUCAAGCUCAUAGUUUGGGAUGAAAGCCCAAUGUCUCAUAAGAAAGGAUUUGAAGCAUUAAACAACUGUUUGAAGAAUCUGAAAAAUUCGAAUUUAUUGAUGAGAGGAGUCACGGUACAGCUGGCUGGAGAUUUUCGACAAACUCUACCAGUCGUACCAAGUGGAACUCGAGCUAACGAAAUUGCAGCCUGA